UCCUUCCUUAAAAACAAUGGAAAACUCAUUGAGAAUCCCACUUUCCUUCCUCACUUUCCCUUCCCCUCCAUUUCCCUCCUUAAAAAACAUAGUGUAAAUUACUCGAAAUGCUGCUUAGAACUCUUUAAUUUAAGGUUCGUGAAGCAUUUGUUAGUAGUUCAAAUUUCCCACCAAAAAUAACAGAUGCGAAUUCUCCUCCUGAAGGCACUUCAAAUUUCUCCCCUGCAACGCAACUUUCGGUUCUCCACUUCAACAUUCCCCGACAACUUCUCUAUCCAGCUUCUCCUUAAACCCAUUGAAUCAUGGCUUGCCCGCGGGAACUCCGCUGGAUCGAGUUUAGAUCAGGCAUUUCCACGAGUACUGGAGUUGCUCAACUCCGGCGUCGAGGGAACUGGGUAUGCGCUGAUUCACCUGAUCCGCACUUCCACGGACCUGGGCCUGGAAUCUUACUGCCAUCAGCUCCACGGUUACGUUAUCAGAUGUGGGUUCGCCUCCGAUGUCCUCGUCUCCACGGCUUUGAUGCGGUUUUACAAGGAGACGAAGUCGGUGUGUGUAGCACACAAUGUGUUCGACGAAAUUCCCCAGCCAAGCGUAGUUUCAUGGAACACUCUGAUUUCAGGGUACGUGCAGUCCGGGAAGUUUAAGAAAGCUUUGGGUUUAUUUAUGCAGCUCGAAAGGUCUGAUGUCUGCACAGAUGCCUACUCGAUUACAGCAGCUUUAUCUGCUUGUGGCCAACUGAGUAUGGUACAGUUUGGCAGGUCAGUUCACAGCAAGGUCUUUAAAUGUGGUGUAGGAUUUGGCGUUUUCGUACAGAAUUGCUUGAUUGAUAUGUAUGGAAAAUGUGGUUCAAUCGAGGAGGCGAUUCGGGCCUUUGAAGAAAUGGAUGAAAGGGACAUAAUUUCUUGGAAUUCGGUUGUAGCAGCAAGUGCUAGAAACCGGAGGCUUGAUUUGGCCAAAAGUUUCUUCAGUCAAAUGCCUCAGCCUGAUGCGGUAUCAUAUAAUGAACUUAUCAAUGGUAUAGCCCAGUUUGGUCGUAUAGAAGAUGCUAUUGAGAUCUUAUUGACCAUGCCAAACCCCAAUUCAUCUUCAUGGAACUCCAUUCUUACCGGGUAUGUCAACAGAGACAGAGCAGUAGAAGCGAUGGAUUUCUUCACUAUGAUGCACUCGAAUAACGUUAUAAUGGAUGAGUAUUCAUAUUCCAGUUUGCUAACUGGAAUCGCUGGUAUUGUUGCUCUGAGAUGGGGAAUGGCCAUCCAUUGUUGCACAAUAAAGUGUGGCUUAGCAGCAACCAUUGUGGUGGGGAGUUCUAUCAUCGAUAUGUACUCCAAAUGUGGUGAAGUGAGCACUGCUGAAUCGGCAUUUCGUUUGCUGCCUCGAAAGAAUUUGGUUACAUGGAAUGCAAUGAUGGCAGGGUACGCUCAGAGUGGGGGUUUCGAGAAGGCAAUCCAACUAUUCGAGGAAAUGAAGGAUGUGAAGGGUUUGGAGCCUGAUUGGAUCACAUUUCUAAAUGUCAUAGCUUCAUGCUCGAAUGUCAACGUGUCACUGGAGACUGCAACUCGAUAUUUCGAAUCCAUGAUCAACGAUUAUGGAAUCACACCAGCUGUGGAGCACUGUUGUUCGAUGAUCCGACUCAUGGGACAGAGAGGGGAGAUCCGAGGGGCAUUGAGGAUGAUAUACAACUUUGAUUUUGAAUUGAGUGGAGUGAUCUGGAGGGCGUUCCUCGGUGCCUUUGGACCUUCUGGGAAUUUGGAGGUUGCUAAAAUUGCAGCUGCAAAGGCGAUUAAGUUGGAAGGUGAUGAUGACUAUGUUUAUGUAAUGUUUUCUAACAUACUUGCCUCGUAUGGCAAAUGGGGAGAUGUGAAGAAGGUGAGGAAGCUCAUGAGCAAGAAAAGGGUGAUAAAAGAAGUUGGUUGUAGUUGGAUUGAAAUGGAAACAACACCUCCAUGAGCAUCAAUAAUAGGUGAAUUAUUUAUCAGCCGAGCAUCCAGUGCGUAGAAAGAAGUUAAGAAUUAGCAUUUCACUGGCCUACUGAUAAAGCACAUAUAGUAGGCUUGAAACUUGGAAACUUAACUGCAGAGUCGACAACCAAGUUGCUUUGUUGAUUGCGAUUUGUUUGCUCUGGAGGACAUUUCCAUAGAUAACGAUCAUCGCCUGAUCAUGAUCAUGCUUUAGGUAGAAACUCAUGUAUAUGACUAGCUUGUCAAUAUGCAAUAAAGCCUAACGACUCCCCCACGUCUCUCCUGUAUAAAAGCUCAAGAGCUCCCGAAUGUGAGAACUAUGUUUUGCCCAGUUCAGUAAUACAAUCUCAGUUUUGUUUACUUCAUUCACCCCUUCGAUCGAGUCUUCAAACAUAUAUCAGAGCUUUCAAUUCCAGGCUGUCGAUCGAUUUCUCCAACAGCUUCCGUUGAUUCCCUUUUCUUCCUCAAGCACGCUCUCCUAUUGCUGAUCUACACCAAAAUCCUCGUAAUAAAAGUGCUAUCGACGAAUAUGUCACAAUGAAUAUUCAUUUAUCUAAUUUGAACAACAACAAUAUUGGUCACGGUACGUGGAAUCAGUUUUCUGGCUUUCUAAUCGAGACAUUCAACCAACAACAAUUGCGAUUGUGCAGUUUCAAUUCAAACCGAUUGCAAACCACAAGCUUUUAUAAUGAAGAUCAGUUCAAUGC